AUGUCUUCAAAUCCCCGUGUUGUUCUUCUUGGUACUUGCGAUACAAAGUUGGAAGAGUUGCUAUUCCUUCGUAAAGAAAUAGACCGGAACAAUGUCGACGUGAUGCUGAUGGAUGUGGGUCGGCGCCACAAGGAGUAUGAUGCCAUCACAAUCAGUCAACACCAACUGCUGGAGGAUCAUGGAGAUGCAAAAGAUGUGAGCAAGCUACCUCGAGGAGAAGUCAUCAAGACUAUGGCUGGCUGCGCUACCAAGGCUGUCAAAAAGCUAUUCGAUGAAGGAAAGAUACACGCCGCGAUCAACGCGGGAGGUUCAGGUGGUACGUCGCUCGCAGCGGAAGUGAUGAGAACUGCGCUCCCUAUCGGCUUUCCAAAGCUGAUCGUGUCAACUGUGGCAAGCGGCGAUACUGGGCCAAUCGUAGGGGAAACCGACAUCACCCUGAUGUACAGCGUUGUAGAUGUGGCUGGCCUUAAUCAGGUGCUCCGCAAUGUGCUUAGCAAUGCCGGAGCAGCCAUAGCUGGAAUGGCUCGCACAUACGCAUCUCGCCAACAAGACGCAGCCCAGCUGAUAAAGAAACGUGUUGGUAUUACUAUGUUCGGUGUCACCACGCCAGCUGUCGACUUCAUCCGAAAACAUCUCGAAGACAACUACGACAUAGAGACGUACGUCUUUCACGCUACAGGUCACGGCGGGAAAGCAAUGGAGCGACUCAUUCAAGAAGAUGGGCUUGAUGCAGUCCUCGAUCUUACCACUACUGAGAUAUGCGAUCACAUUACUGGUGGUGUCAUGAGUGCUGGUGAGCAUCGUCUUGAAGCCGCCGCAAAAGCCGGAAUACCAAAUAUCGUCUCCGUAGGCGCGACCGACAUGACAAACUUUGGUCCGAGAAGCACAGUGCCGGAACGAUACAAAGAUCGCAAGCUGUAUGAGCACAAUCCCGUCGUGACCUUGAUGAGGACAUCAGUAGACGAAGCAACUCAAGUUGGCAAAUUCAUUGCAACGAAAUUGAAGCAUUGUGCAAAGAAGCCCGGAGCAAUUCAAGUCUGGUUACCGAAGGGUGGUAUCAGCAUGAUCGCUGUCCCUGAUGGGCCUUUUGAAGACCAACAGGCGGAUGUUGCGCUCUUCAGUGCGAUACGAGAGGAACUCCGGGGUAGUAAUAUCGAAGUUACCGAAGACGAGCGCGCGAUUAAUGAUGAGGGGUUUGCGCACGAUAUCGCGGAGGCGCUAGUCGCUAAGAUGGGAGUUGCGUCAUGCUACGCCUGCAAACAUCGUCAACUGUUUUCCGAUCUCUUGUUCUUGAGAGCGCUGCAUACCCACUCUGUUUUUUUCUGGCGUUACGCAAUCACACUCGUUUCGUUUUUCAAAAUGUUCGCACGCGUCAGUGUGCUGUCACUCGCUUUGUCAUGCAUUGUUAGUACUACCGCGGCGCUCGACUUAGAUGUCCAGAACAAGGACUCUAUCAUACUGGCCGCGCAGGCUCUUGCAAGUGGUAUCGUCAAGUUCUACAACGAUUCCCUUUCUGAGGAUGGAAUCCCCGGCCUCUUUCCAGACCCCUACUUCUGGUACGAAGGCGGAAUGAUCUUCAACGCAUUGAUCGACUACUCUUAUUUGACUGGCGAUAAGCAAUAUGACUCUAUUGUAUCUGAAGGCAUUCAGGGACAGCUUGGCGACCACCCUGGCCUUGCCUUCUUCCCCGCUAAUCAGACCGCGCAAAUUACCAACGAUGACCAAAGCUUAUGGGCUCUUGCAGCAAUGGCCGCGGCGGAAUCAGGUUUUCCAAAGCCGGAAAACCAAUCCUGGGUGGAAUAUGCUGCCCAAGUGUUCGAUGCUCAGGUGCUACGCUGGGAUGAUAAGAGCUGUAACGGCGGUCUUCGCUGGACUAUCUUUACUUUCCAGGCAGGAUACGAUUACAAAAAUGGAGCUGCCAACGGUGACUUUUUCCUCCUGGCUGCUCGUUUGGCCAAAUUUACCGGCAACGAAACGUACUCCGAAUGGGCUGACAAGUCUUUCACUUGGGCGAAGGAUAUCGGUAUUAUCGACGACGAAUAUGCUGUGUUUGACGGUGGUGAUGCCACCGAAGAUUGUCGCGAUAUAAACAGAUUACGGUGGACGAACCUGCAUGCCGCCUAUACGGAGGGCUCUGCUAUCAUGCAGAAUAUCACCAACGGAAAGCAGAAAUGGACUGACGCACUCCAAGGCCUCGUGAACUCAUCCGCUAUCUUCUUCCAACAACACGACGUCCUCACUGAAGUAGCAUGCGAAACGGUCGGAAAGUGCGAUGUCAGUAUGCGCGCUUACAAGGGUAUGGCCAUAAGCUCUUAUGCUCGCGCAGCCGUUGCCGCUCCCAUUAUUGCAGAACCCCUCACCAAAAAGCUCGAAGUCUCCGCUCAAGCUGCUGCUGGCGCGUGUGGUGGAGAUCUUCACAACGUUCAGUGCUCGCUAGAUUGGGCAAAUUCUACCGAAGGCACGUGGGAGGCUGCUGAUGCUAGUAACGGGAAUCUGAAUGAAGUGUAUGAUGCGCUGCAGGCGGUGCAGGGUUUGCUAUUCUCUCAAACCACGCCUUCAAACGUGACAAGUUCUGGGAAUGGAGAUGACGCCACCCAGAAGGUUGGUGCAUCGGGUACAUCAGGGGCUGGAGCGCCCAAAGAGACGGGCGCAGCGGGAACCAUUGCUGCGAGUAUUACGAUGGUUCUGGCUAUGGCUUUUGCUGUGGCGCUGAGCUGCUAA